AUGUCUAAAAUCAGUAUUGUAUUACUUAUGAUAUUCGUCUAUUUCAUUUGUAUUCAAUUUUCCAUUAUUAAUUGUCGUCCUCAUACACAAAAAAUUGUUGUUCAUGGUCAUGAAUGGACAGUACCAAAUGAACCUGGUUGGGAAGAUGUUCUACAAGAAGCUGAACCAAUUCGUCAUAAAUUUUUAACUAAUUGUGCAUCAAGUCGAGAAUGUCGAUUAGCUGCUGAAUUAUUACGUAAAAUCUUUUUAAAACAUCCAGUUUCAGCAAAAUAUUAUGAUGAUUCAAAUGACAACGACUUUCGACCUAGUGAUAUGGAUUCAAUCUUUAAAUGGGGAUGA